AUGGCACUUUUAGUUGAUAGGCUCCGGCCUAGGAGCCUCGACGCUCUUACCUACCACCGUGAACUUUCCGCUCGACUGAAAUCACUUGCGCAAAGCGGUGAUUUUCCGCACCUUCUGGUUUAUGGACCCUCAGGAGCAGGGAAGAAGACAAGAAUAAUCGCCACGCUGAAGGAACUUUUUGGUACUGGUGUCGAAAAGAUCAAAAUCGACGCUCGAGUCUUCCAAACGAGCACCAAUCGCAAGUUGGAAUUCAACAUUGUCUCCUCAGUCUACCACCUUGAAAUCACACCAUCUGACGUGGGCAAUUACGAUCGGGUUGUGGUACAGGAACUUCUGAAGGAGGUUGCCCAGACGCAACAGGUCGAUCUGUCCGCGAAGCAGCGAUUUAAGGUCGUUGUCAUCAAUGAAGCAGAUCAUCUUACGAGAGAUGCGCAGGCAGCAUUACGAAGGACUAUGGAAAAGUACAGUCCUAAUCUGAGAGUUAUCUUACUUGCAAACAGCACUGCAAAUAUCAUCGCUCCCAUUAGAUCCAGAACACUCCUUGUCAGGGUCGCUGCACCCACUGAAGCUGAAAUAUGUCAGGUACUAAAGCUUGCAGGAAAGAAGGAAAAUUGGGCAGAGGCACCAGGACUUAAUAAAAGGAUAGCCAAAGAGAGUGGACGAAAUCUGAGACGUGCUCUUCUCAUGUUCGAAGCUAUAUAUGCCCAGAACGAGAAAGUGACGGAUGAUACGCCAAUUCCACCUCCUGACUGGGAGGCAUUGAUCUCUGUGAUUGCAGAUGAAAUCAUGGCCGAACGAUCGCCCGCCAGGAUUCUUCAGGUUCGAGCUAAAUUAUAUGACCUCUUAACGCACUGCAUACCUCCAACAACUAUCCUUAAGACUUUGACCUUCAAACUAAUACCUAAAAUGGAUGACGCAUUGAAACCCGAAGUUAUCAAGUGGUCAGCUUUCUACGAGCAUAGGAUAAAGCUGGGAAGUAAAGUUAUAUUUCAUCUUGAGGCGUUUGUUGCCAAAUUUAUGCGAGUACUCGAGAGUUAUUUGAUGGGACUUGAGUUUUAA